AGUGCGGGCGGGUGAGGCGGUCUCGGAAAGUUACUCACUGCGACUUUCUAAUGUCGGCGAAGUUUGGAGUUGGUGCGUUCGGGGCCGGCGGCCGCGCUGAAGAGUCGCCGCAACUUUAACUUAAAACUUUUCUUUUUUUCUGGGUGGAGGGGGGAAAAGGAAAAAAAAACAAAAAGAAAACAGAACUUUUCCUCCUCGUCUCCUGCCGCUUUCUAUGAGGAGUGUUGACAGGACAUAGCUGCCGAGAGAUGGGAGCCAGCCGCUUGUGGAGGAAUCUGUGGGGCGUCCUGGGGGUAGUUGCUGUGUGUGGAGCAUUACAGUGCCGUGACUCCUUUCAGCCAUGUGCUAAUGGAGGAAAAUGUAUAAUGCAUCAGAAUGGUACAGGCGAAUGCAUGUGUCGAUCAGGAUUUGUAGGUGAAUAUUGCCAGCACCCGGACCCCUGCCAGAUUUCAACCUGCCUCAAUGGAGGGACAUGUGGCAUCUCAAUCUCAGAAGGGAAAGCACAGAGUUCGUGUAAUUGCGCUUUGGGGUUUACGGGUGAGCGGUGUGAAACGACUGUCGCCAAUGUCUGUUUGAACAAUCCCUGCCAAAAUCGAGGAACCUGCCGUCUCAUUACCCUCGAGAAAUAUGAGUGUGACUGUCAGCAAGGAUGGAUAGGUAAAAACUGCCAGCAUGUGGAUUACUGUGCCUCGCAGCCGUGUGCUAAUGGGGGCAAAUGCAGCAUUUCAAGAAACAACUACACCUGUAGCUGUGCUUCAGGCUACACUGGACCCCGUUGCAAGAUUGACGUCAAUGAGUGCAGCACUGGGGCUCUGUGCCGGAACGGAGGGACAUGCCAGAACUUGCCAGGAUCGUACCACUGCCUGUGCGAGCCAGGAUUCACUGGGACCAGCUGUGAGAGUGUUUAUGUCCCCUGCAUGCCAUCGCCAUGCAUGAAUGGGGGCACCUGCCGACCAAUCAACGACGACCUGACCUAUGAAUGCAACUGCCUGCCAGGAUUCACUGGGAAGGACUGUGAUAUAAACAUUGAUGAUUGCCCUGAGCAUAAUUGCCAGAAUGGAGGUACCUGCGUGGAUGGAGUGAACACAUACAAUUGCCGAUGCACACCUGAAUGGACAGGUCAGUUUUGCACAGAAGAUGUGGAUGAAUGUCAACUGCAGCCAAAUGCAUGUCUGAAUGGAGGGACCUGCUCCAACAACAUCGGAGGGUAUAACUGUGUGUGUGUCAAUGGCUGGAGUGGUGAUGACUGCAGUGAGAACAUUGAUGACUGUGCCGGUGCUACCUGCAUGAAUGGAGCCACUUGCCAUGACCGCGUGGCAUCUUUUGUUUGCGAGUGCCCUGUUGGCAAAGCAGGGAUCUUCUGUCAGGUGGAUGACGCAUGUGUUAGUAACCCCUGUCAUGAAGGAGCCACGUGUGAAACCAAUCCCCUCAAGAGCAGCUUCUUUUGUAGCUGUCCCCUUGGAUACAGGGGGACUGUCUGUGAUGAGGAUAUCAAUGAAUGCUCGCUGGGAGGCAAUCCCUGUGAACAUGGAGGGAAAUGUGUAAACACCAAGGGCUCUUUCCGCUGCGAGUGCGCUGUGGGUUACACAGGACCACGCUGCGAGAUGGACAUCAACGAGUGCCUUGCCAUGCCAUGCCAGAAUGAUGCCACCUGCUUGGACCAGAUUGGCGAAUUCAAGUGCAUCUGUAUGCCAGGUUUCGCAGGGACAUACUGCGAAAUGAAUAUCGAUGAAUGUGAAAGCCAGCCAUGCCUAAACAGCGGAGUGUGUAAGGAUGAGGUGAACAGAUUUGCGUGCAAGUGCCCACCUGGUUUUGCUGGGAGUAUGUGCCAGAUUGACAUUGACGAGUGUGCCAGUACGCCAUGCCAGCACGGAGCCAAGUGUAUUGAUCGUCCGAAUGCCUUUGAAUGUGAAUGCAGCGAAGGCUUUACGGGGACUAAGUGUGAGACUAACGAAAACGACUGCAUCCCGGACCCCUGCCACUAUGGAACAUGCGAGGAUGGAAUAGCUGGGUACACCUGCAACUGCACCGCUGGCUACAAGGGUCCAAUCUGCAGCGAGCAGAUCGAUGAGUGCCAGAGUCAGCCCUGCCAGAAUGGAGGCACUUGCCAAGACCGUGUGAAUGGUUACAAGUGCCGCUGUCCAGUUGGCACCUCAGGUGUCGAUUGUGAGAUUAACUACGAUGACUGUGCUAGCAACCCGUGUGACUAUGGAAGCUGUCAAGAUGGCAUUAAUCGGUAUGACUGUGUCUGCAGCCCUGGCUAUACAGGUCCCAUGUGUAAUGUCGACAUCAAUGAAUGCGCCUCCAACCCGUGUCACAAUGGCGGCACAUGCUUUGAUAAAAUCAACAGCUUCACGUGCCACUGCCCUGAGGGCUAUCAUGAUCCUCACUGUAUAUCAGAAGUGGAUGAGUGCAAGAGCAGCCCUUGUAUUCAUGGCAAAUGUGUGGACGACGUAAACAGUUACCAGUGUGUUUGUGAAGCUGGUUGGGCAGGAGUAAACUGCGAUGUGGACAAAGAUGAGUGCGAGUCAAAUCCAUGUCAGCAUGGAGGAACCUGUGAGAACCUAAUCAAUGGCUAUAAGUGCACAUGCCUGAAGGGGUUUAAAGGCUCCGACUGUCAAAUCAACAUAAAUGAAUGUGCGUCAAAUCCCUGCCUGAACAAAGGAAUCUGCGUUGAUGGAGUGAAUGCCUACCACUGCAUCUGCACUCUCCCAUAUACUGGCAAAGAUUGUGAGUUUGUCCUUGCUCCGUGUUCCUCCCAACCGUGUGAAAAUGGAGGUGUAUGCAGUGAAACUGAGGACUAUGAGAAUUACAUGUGCACGUGCACAAUGAAUUGGCAAGGUCAGAGGUGCUCAAUGGACAUUGAUGAGUGUGUCACUGACCCGUGUAAAAAUGGCGGUGCUUGUCAAAAUACUCCCGGGAGCUAUGAGUGUCGGUGCUUCCCUGGCUACGUUGGAUUGAACUGUGAGACAAAUGUCGAUGACUGCAGCCCCAAUCCAUGCCAGAAUGGAGGCUCCUGCAUAGAUGGUAUCAACACAUUCUCAUGCAGCUGCUUGCCGGGGUUCACUGGUGGCAAAUGCCAACAAGAGAUAAAUGAGUGCUUCAGUAACCCGUGUCUGAAUGGUGGGAACUGCUCCGAUUAUGUCAACAGUUACGUCUGCAAGUGCCCGCGAGGCUUCAAUGGGAUUCACUGUGAAAACAACAUGCCAGACUGCACAGAGAGCUCCUGUUUCAAUGACGGAACCUGCGUCGAUGGUAUUAAUUCGUACACCUGUCACUGCCGGCCUGGCUUCACCGGUUCCAACUGCCAGUUCGACAUCAAUGAGUGCAACUCCAAACCGUGUCAAAACGGAGCCACCUGUAUCGACGGGUUGGGGGGUUAUCGCUGCACCUGCCUCUCGGGGUACUCGGGUAAUAACUGCCAGACUUUGGUGAAUCUGUGUAGCGGCUCACCCUGUAAAAACAGAGGCAAGUGUGUGCAGCAGGGCGCCACAUACCGCUGUGAUUGCCAGAGUGGAUGGACAGGGCUGUACUGUGAUGUACCAGAUGUGUCAUGUGAAGUGGCUGCUUUUCAGAGAGGCGUGACAGUCGAACAACUGUGUCAGCAUUCAGGGGUGUGCAUCAACACUGGCAAUAGUCACCAGUGCCAGUGCAUGUCUGGGUACACGGGCAGCUAUUGCCAACUGGACGUAGACGACUGUGCCUCGAACCCAUGCCGCAAUGGAGCCACCUGCAGAGACUACCUGGGCAGUUAUGCGUGCGAGUGUGUUCCAGGGUACCAAGGAAUCAACUGUGAGUACGAGGUGAAUGAAUGCCAAGUAUAUCACUGUCAGAAUGGAGGAACAUGCAUCGACCAGGUGAAUGAUUACAAGUGUUCCUGUCCACCAGGAACUGGAGGUAUUCUGUGUGAAAUAAACAUUGAUGACUGUGAGCCCAAUAUUAAUCCCCACACGGGGGAACACAAGUGUCUAAAUGGUGGCCAGUGUGUUGACAAAAUUGGUGGCUACAGCUGCAUCUGCCCACCGGGCUUUAUUGGAGAGCGCUGUGAAGGGGAUGUCAAUGAGUGCCUUUCCAACCCAUGCGAUCGCAAGGGCAGUCUUGACUGCGUGCAAUUAACCAAUGAUUACCUGUGCAGGUGCCGACCUGGGUUCACAGGCCGUCACUGUGAGACCACCACUGACCUGUGCCGUUCUCAGCCAUGCCGGAACGGAGGGACUUGCACGUUUGCUGUUAACGCUCCACUUGGAUAUACCUGCCAAUGCAGACCUGGCGUAGUGGGAGCAAGUUGCGAAUACACCAACUACACCUGUGGGCAGAUAUUAUGUCAGAACGGUGGCACUUGCACCAUGACUCCCGUGGGCCCCAGGUGCAUGUGUUUGGUAGGGUUCAAAGGCUCGGAGUGCCAGCUACCCACUUGCUCUGCCAGGCCAUGCCACAAUGGUGGGACCUGCCUCCCAAAGACAAAGCCGCCGUUCUUCAGCUGCCAGUGCCCGGUUCCUUACUGGGGGCUGACGUGUGCUGAGGCGGAGAGGAAGAGUUGCCAUUUGCCCCUGUGCAAACAGAAGCUACGGGAUCAAGUCUGUAACCAGGAGUGCAACAACCAUGAGUGUGAGUGGGAUGGCGGUGACUGCUCACUCACCUUGAAACCUUGGGAGAACUGCACAGAGAGCCUGCAAUGCUGGAACUACUUUAAUAACAACCAGUGCGAUGAGGCCUGCAACACGCCCGAGUGCCUGUUCGACAACUUCGACUGUCGGUACACUCAGAAGUCCUGCAACCCCCUUUAUGAGAAGUACUGUGCUGACCACUACCACGAUGGACGCUGUGAUCAGGGUUGUAACACUGAGGAGUGUGGCUGGGACGGCCUAGAUUGUGUGGACAACGUCCCUGAGCGACUGGCCAAGGGGACACUGGUGCUGAUUGUGCUCCUGCCACCGGAGAAACUACUCAAUGAUUCUGCAAACUUCCUUCGAAGGCUGGGGGCCCUCCUGCACACAGUCCUGAGAUUCAAGAAGAACUCAAAAGGGGAACCAAUGGUCAUCCCUUACUACGGCCAUGGCUCCAGAAUGAAGAGGUUUAUUAGGAUAGUGAGAGAGCUCGGACAAGAAGUUAUAGGUUCUGAAGUCUGCUUGGAGAUUGACAACCGUCAGUGCUUGCAAACAUCCGAGGAUUGUUUCCCAUCCACAGACAGCGCUGCUGCCUUCAUUGCUGCCCAGUCCAGCAAGGGCAACCUUCCUUAUCCAAUCAAGUCUGUUAAAAGUAAACUUGAUCUGAGUCCCCAGACACAACUGAGCCUCCUGUACCUAUUGAUGGUUGCCGUAGGGAUCAUCAUCCUUAUUCUGAUCCUGGGGGUUGUAGCGGCCAAACGUAAGCGCAAGCUCGGCCCGCUGUGGUUCCCAGAGGGCUUCGUCCUGAAGAAGGGUGGCAAUCGGAAGCGUCGAGAGCCUGUGGGACAGGAUGCAGUGGGAAUGAAAAAUCUGUCAAAGCAGGUGCCUGAUGACAACAUGAUUGAUGACAACCAGAAUGAGCAGUGGAUGGAGGGAGGAGGGCCAGAGGCAAAGAAACCUAAGACUGAAGAUCAGGCCCUACUUUCGGAGAACGGAGACCAGGUUGACCAUCGACCGUGGACACAGCAGCAUCUGGUCGCGGCAGACAUCCGUUUAACACCAGCACUGGCCCUGACCCCACCUCAGGUGGAGCAGGAUGCCGACUGUAUGGACGUCAAUGUGAGAGGUCCAGAUGGUUUUACACCUCUUAUGUUGGCAUCACUACGAGGUGGUGGGCUGGACACUGGAAUCGAGGAGGAGGAAGACAUUGAAGACUCGUCAGCCAAUGUCAUCACUGAUCUCAUCUAUCAGGGUGCCAGCCUCCAUUCCCAGACGGACCGGACGGGGGAGACAUCUCUCCACCUGGCUGCACGCUACGCCAGGGCAGAUGCAGCCAAACGUCUCCUUGAUGCAGGCGCUGAUGCCAACGCCCAAGACAACAUGGGUCGAUCGCCUCUCCAUGCAGCUGUGGCAGCUGAUGCUCAGGGGGUGUUCCAGAUUCUGAUCAGAAACCGGGCCACUGACUUAGAUUGCCGAAUGAAUGACGGUACCACACCAUUGAUCCUGGCUGCUCGCCUUGCUGUUGAAGGGAUGGUGGUUGAGCUGAUUAACUGCCACGCGGAUGUUAAUGCUGUGGAUGAUCAUGGUAAAUCAGCGCUUCACUGGGCAGCUGCCGUUAACAAUGUGGAUGCAACCCAGGCCCUACUGAAGAAUGGGGCCAACAAGGACAUGCAGGACAACAAGGAGGAGACACCCUUGUUUCUUGCUGCCCGGGAAGGCAGCUUUGAAGCUGCCAAAAUCCUACUGGACCAUUUUUCCAACCGUGACAUCACGGACCACAUGGACAGACUCCCCCGUGACAUCGCACAGGAGCGGAUGCACCAUGACAUUGUCCAACUGCUGGAUGAGUACAACCUGGUCCGGAGCCCACAAGGCCCAGCUGGACCCAUGAUGGGACCCACGGUGUCUCCGGUGACCUGCCCAAGUGGCGGCAACUUCGUGAACCUCAAGAUGACCCCCAUGGGCAAGAAGGCAAGACGGCCAAGCACAAAGAGCCUCACUCCAGGCAAUACUAAAGACUCCAAGGAGGCCAAAGCCAGGCGGCGGAAAAGAUCCAUUGGUAAUGAUAAAGGGGCCAGUGUGGAGGGCUCAUUGGCUCUUUCACCAGUUGAAUCGCUUGAGUCUCCACACACCUACUUGUCCACCACAUCUCCGCCUCUACUGACAUCAUCAGGGAUUUUACACCAAUCGCCACCAGCAUCUCUCCACCCAUCCACUCCAGUGCAGAGCCAGCUGACAAUGUCCUUCUCAAACCUAAGUGAAAUGAAAAGUAUGAACAUGGACUCCAGCACAGUCCUGAGUCAGGUCCUCCCCUCCAUGUCCCAUCCUUCCAUGGCUGGGCAAAGCACCAGCCUGGGGCUGCCCUUGGGAAGGGUCGAGCAUGUGAACAUGCAAUCAGAGUGGAUGAACCGGGUGGGAAUCACCACCUCUCAGUACAACCCAAUGCUAGGCAUCCUGCACCAGGUCGCUGGUUCCUACCCUAAUAUGCAUCAACAGAAUGCGGUGCUUCAGGCUAAUAUGCCUCCAGUGCACAUGACCAUGCUCAGAGAGCAGUUACCACAGAUACUGACCUACCAGCCCAUGAACAGUGGGGCAUCUCAGUCGGUGAUACAGCAACAGCAAAACUCUCAAGUAACGCAGCAACAAGGGCAACCUUACUGUGGCUCAAUGACACCAGUGCCCAUCGGCAACAUGCACCAGAUGCCUGAGAUUGUUCAGUUGUCAAAUGGCCAACUGAACAAUUCCAUGCGGUCCACAACCCAGGAGGGUCAGGUAUCACAGACCACCCUGCCACCUUACCAUAAGCUGCCAACCUCAGUGCAGAUUGAUAAGUACCCCACCCCGCCAUCUCAGCACAGCUAUGUUUCGGCGACAGACAACACCCCGAACCACAAUGUUCAUCUCCAGAGUGAGCACCCAUACCUAACGCCCUCUCCCGAGUCUCCCGAUCAAUGGUCCAGCUCCUCUCCACAUUCCACGUCAGACUGGUCGGACAUCACGCCCAGCCCUGCUCCGAUUGGACAACGCCCACAGGUUUCGCACAUUCCAGAGCAGCAAAGGAGCAAUAUGCAGGUAUUUGCCUGAGCACUUGUGAUGAGAGACCCUUUGUCUGACUGCUCGAAAUGAAGGAAGAAGAAUUCCUUGUACUUCUGGUUGGGAGAUUUCCCCUUCACUUGGUUGUGUAGCAAGGAGGAGAGGAACUAUUCCUAUGAAGUACUCAACAAGUCUUAACAAAGAUCAACUCUCUGACUCUAGGGACUUGAAGACGCGACUUCAGUGUGUUUUGAAGAAGGUUUUAUUUAUUUUAAUCACUGAUGUCACUGCCCAUUUCCGUGUUUGACGUAUUUUUUAAACUCCUUUUUUAGUGGCACAGCAUUGAACUUUUUUAAAAAAAAAAACUUGCAAUAUCGUCACUGGUGUCACCCUGCGUUCUGUGUGGUUCCCUCCUUGAAACUGAGAAUUUUUCAUACUGAGGACGCAAGCAGAGCUGAAGUUAAGGUUGGAGUCAUGUGGUGAAUGGCGACAGCAGCAUCACGCCAAGUCCUGCUAAAGUGGCUCUUGGGAAAUCAAACUGUAUAACUUAUUAUCGAAGGAAAAUGCAACCUUGACAGAGUUUGUUUCGUUUUUGGACUGGGGGGAGGGUGGGAGAAGGGGGAGUUGUUGAAGUUCAGUGGUUCACACUUCCAGCUUAAGUCCUCCAUUGCCAGUUGCUUUCACAAGCUGACCUCUUAUUUUAAGUUGCCUUUAUACUGCUUCCAUGAUACUAACAUUCCUAAUGUAGUGCGUUCAUGUAAGUUUGUACUGAAUGCCUUCCUUGCCAGCAGCACUGUGGCAGAGGGAUAUGGCAGGUGGAAUAGCUUAGAAUUGUUGUUCUGUUUUUGUACUGAUUUUACUUUUAAAAAUAUGUAAGACGUCAAUUUUUAUUCAUUCCUACAUCCUGCAAGUCUCCUGAAGUAUAACAUUUCUGGUGAAUCACUUAGUUGGAUUUGUCAAAAGUUUUUAUGUUUCUGCCUUAUUUAAAGAAGUGGAGUUUUAAAUUGGUGUAAUUGCUCGGUUUUGGCAGCAGAUACAUGUUCUAAGUAAUGAGGUUUUUAAACCUAAAAAAAAAAUUACACCCAUGAAUCCCUCAUCAGCUAGCCUGCUGUAGGCAGUAGUUGAUGAACAGGCCUUGUAAUGACCUCGGUGAUCUCAUUGAGAGCAAACCUCCUUGGGAUAAAUCUUUGACAAAGUUACUUUGGCCUGUGUGAUGGGGCAGAAGGUCGUUCUAUUUCUGAACGUCACUGCUUUCAACCCUGUCACCUACAAAACUCUGUUUGGUACUUAGUGGGAGCAUCAUCACAGAUCUGGACCAAUCAAUUUUCCACAGGCCAAUGAGGUCCUGAUGAAGAGUGGAUAUUUCAAGUCAAUUGUUUCCUUUAAUGUGAACAUGAUGCAGCUUGGUUUCUUAUUUUGUGUAUUCUCUCUAAAUAUCUCUCUCUCUUCUCUCUCUCUCUCUCUCUCUCUCACAAAAUGUUCCAGGGAUAAUUGUUAGAUUGAAUUCACCAUAUUGGAAGCUUAAGUGAGGUGAUCAAUGGAGGAGUUUAACUGUGAGACUCAUUCACUGCUACAUUUAGAGCAAGCCGCCUGGUCUGCACUCAGAAAAGUAAUUGCUGACCCAAACUUUGAUGGGGACAAUUUCCUUUGCUUGGUUACCCAACCUAUUAGAAAGGAUUUUGUCCCUGUGCUAAAAUUUAAGAGGGUUAUGGGUAGGGUUUCCUCUACUGCUGAUGAUGUCACAUUAUUCUCUGGUUAGCAGAAGAGACACAAUUGGCAGUUGCUGCAGGAAAUGUUGCCUUUGCCAUUUGCUCCAAAAAUGCACAAGACGCCAAGCUUUUGGAUGGUUAGCAGGGUCAGAAGUUUGGGUCCCCAGAAGGGUAGAAACCUAAAAGUGCUUUCUCUCCCACCGCCUCUUCUCGGGUAACUGCUGCCUUGAGUGAGGUCUUGAGCGGGAUUGACUCAACAUGUGCAUCCUUCACACCUCUUUACUAUCACUGGAAUCUUUACUUUUUGAGCUUUAUAUCUUGCCAGUUUCUGGAUCUGAACUAAUUUUUUUAUUAGUAAUAAUUCUAACUUUUCUCAAAGUUGUACUUUAUACUAAGAUGAAGAAACACAGUGUUAAAUUGAAAAAAAAAUCCCAGGUUGAGAAGAAAACCUUGGGGUUGUAACAUUUCACUGCACUUAUGAAACACUAGAAAAAUCUUCAAUCUGUAAAAUUUACAGGUACUUGGAUUGCUAUGCUAGUAUUUGAGAUUUGGUGUAGAAAUGAGUUUCCUAGAUUUGUUCUACCACCGCAGAAGAUUAGAGUCGGUGCUUUUUUUUUCUGUUAAGCUUUUUAAGUUCCAGCCAUAACCUGGAGAUUAAAAUUUCUUUCACUUCCUCUAUCCUCAAAAUGUAUAUUAUUGUGAAUUUCUGAGUGAGAUCAAGUUAUGGUUUUGUACUUUUUGUGAAAUGUUUGUGGAAGGAAGCAUUGAAGAACCAAACAUUUAAAAGGUACUUUGAAAGGAAGCAGGGGAUUUCAGACCGAUCUGUUUUAGCCACUUGUUCUUGAAUUACCUGUGAUAUUACAGCUGGGUCAGAGGGCAUAACUCUGUAAAUAACUGAAUGUUAGAGGUAGGCCUUCAACCAAGGGGGUCUCCACCAAAUAAGCCUGCUCAAAACCAAGUCAUGAAGGAAUUUGUUGAAUAUUAUGAUCAAAGGAAGGCAAUUUUCCAACUCCAUUUAACCUGUUGCAUUUUGUAAUGGUAUUGAAGACACCUGCAAAAUUUCUGAUUAUUAUAAUGUUUUAUAAACAGAUUUUAACAGAACUGGGCAGGAAUUAGAAUAUGAGAGUGGAAUUGUAGCACUGAUGGACAUUUCCAUUUUUAGCUUAUUGGGCUGAAUUAUGAAUUCUUAUAAAUUUAAGUUCCUUCUCUUCCACCCUUCUGCCUCUCUCUCUUCACCUUCCCCCCACACCCAAACCAACUCAAAUAAUGCACAAAGACCAAUGCAUUGGCUAUUUAGGAACCCCAGCCAGAACUUGUAAAAUUUCUGUAAACCAAAUGACCACUGAGUAACCACUGGAACUAAAUUGGCCACCCUGCUCUGGCUGCAGGGAGAGCUGGUGUUGCAUAUUUAAAAAAGAAAUGACACUAGUUAAAUACAGGUUGCUCCUGAGCUUUGGUUUACAGAUCAUGUUAGGGCUGUGCAAAAUGAGUACUAUUCUGUUACAAUUUGAAUUUUUAAAUCUUUUUUUCUUGGCCUACUUACUUUUUCCAUUAGUAAACCAUAAAAUCUGAAAUCUGUACCUUUUUGAUUUUCUGUCCGUGCAAACUUAAAGCCCAGAUCUUGUACUUAUGCUAUUUGUAGCAACUUUUAAUACAAUGCAUGUAAGAUUCCCACACUCUUCAGUCUUUGGGAUGGUGAAUAAUAUUGCAUCAAACCUGCCUUGCACUUGUUUUUUUAAGGUUACGAUACAGCCCAAGAAAUUUAUAAUAAAUACCUCCAUUUAAGGACCAGUGUCACUGUCCAUCCCUCUGAUAAUAGUCUGGCACAAUUGUUUUUUUUCCCUCAAUAUGAUGUUGCACUUUAAAUCCAUGAGCCGAACACUCUGAUCUCUUUCAUUUGAAUAACCUUCAGAAACCCAAUGAAGAACAAAGAAUGAUCUACAUGUUUUUAAAUUCUCUAUUCCUUUAAAAAUAGGAAUGUCAGUUGAAUGUGUCAAUACAUUUUUGACUUAACAAUUGUGCAUUCUGUCAUAAUAUUCCUUCAAUAUUAGGCCACAAAACUAUGAGACUAUGUAAAGGUAGAUAUGAAAUGCAUAUAAUAGAAACAAUAGUUCUCCUGACCAAUUCCUUCAUUUCUGUCUGGUUUAAUGUGUCUGCAGUUACGGGGUGAUGUACUUAUUCAUUUUGUGUUCACCAGUUCUCACUGGUGUUGAAAUGUUCCAUCCUCAAUACUAAUGUCCAUAGCCCCUGAUGAGUGCAAAAUAUAAUAUUUAAAACUCUUUGAGCUUCCUUUAAUUCACUUCUAGCUUCUUCCCACAACAAGCUAGGAAUGGAGAUGUCUGGGUGUUGAAGGGGAUGUACUUCAUACAGACAAUCACGUAACAAUAACUUGUGUGUGUAACACACAAACAACUACAGUGAAACUACAGAACCAGUGGCUCGUGUCUUGUGGAGCCAAUGAAUUGAUGUAAAUAAGCUAACUUUGUAUGACAAAUUGUAUCUUUGACAAACUUGUAUCUUUUUGCUGUCUUUUAAAUGUAUAUGUACUAAAAUGCUUAUUCAUAUUAGAUGAGCUAUUGAACUAG